CACUGCCAGCCUCUCUCUGUCCUCUGGUCAGCAGUGGGUGCGGACUGGCCUCGGUGGCCUCCUCCGAACGGAGCGGUAGGGAGCAGCACAGCAAUGAGCCGGCGGGCGGCGGGCGGCUCCUGGAAGCUGUCCGUCUGUCCCUGGCGGCACAGCAGAGGCGAGCUGAGAUGGGGAGCUCAGAGCUGGAAAAGGUGGUGGAUUCCUUCUCGGACAUGGGAUUCAGUAAUGCUCAGAUAGUGCAGCUGUUCGGGUUGCAGCCCAAGCUGGCUCCGGUGGUUUCUGAGCUCCUCCUCCUGGGCCUGGAUGCGGACUCCACGCUGAAGGCCUUGCAGAAGAGCCCUGACGUGCUGCGGAUGACAGCCCUGCAGCUGAGGCGCCGCGCAGACUCCCUGCGGAAGCUGGGCCUUGGAGAAGGGACCCUGCAGCGAGUGGUGAGCCGCUGCCCCGGUAUCUUCACUUUGCCCUGGAAGAAAAUAGCCGCUGUGGUGCGGGUGCUCAGGGAGAAGUGUCUUUUCACUGUGGAUCAGGUGGUGGAGAUUCUGCAUCGCUGCCCCAGCGUCUUGCUGGAGGAACCAGCGGACCUGGAGUACAAAUUCCAGUAUGUGUACUUCAGAAUGGGAGUAAAGCACAAAGCACUGGUGAAAUCUGGUCUCUUCCAAACCCCAGUGGCUGAGGUCAAGAACCGGCACAUCUUCUUGGAGCGCCUGGGACUUUAUCAAACCCCUGACAAGAAAGGCCAGACCCAGAUUGUCAACCCCAAACUGAAGGAGAUCAUCCGAGCCUCGGAAGGGGACUUCCUGGCCAAGAUAGCUCACUCCUCGCUGGAAGAGUUCGAGGUGUUUAAGAAGCUGCUGGCUCGAGAGGAGGUGGAUCUGGAUCCAGCGUCUGAAGAGAGAGACUCCGUCAGUGACGGGGAAGGAGAAGGAUCUGACAGCGAGGAAGGAGACUGAACUCCUGCCCCCGAGCGUCAGUAAAAGAGUCAUUGGGGGAACCAGCUGCUGGGGCAGCCACAUACCUUGGGUGCUCCUGGCAUUCCCCUGUGCUUAAUGGUGUCACCGCGACACCACUUGUCUGGAGCAUUCACUGCACACAGGUAACCUGGGCGCCGAGGCCUGUUCUGGGCGGCUGUGUAAACCCAAUAAAGCGAGUGCCUGUCUGUGUCACUGGG